AGGCAACCACUAACAUCUUGGCAUUUAAUCUGAUGUGGAAGAAACAGAAAAAAAGCUGCUGCUUUAAGCAAAUGAGACUCUAGUGGCCUGCUUUUUCUUUAUAAAAUUUCUUCUGCGUUUCGCUGUUAAUUCAAUCAUCCUUGGUUACAUUUGUCAUCUACCACUGUUUAUGAGAAUGCCCAGCAAAAAGAAAAAAUACAACGCCCGAUUUCCGCCUGCCCGGAUAAAGAAGAUAAUGCAAACAGAUGAAGAAGUUGGGAAAGUGGCUGCACCAGUUCCUGUUAUCAUCUCUAGAGCAUUGGAGCUUUUUGUAGAGUCACUCCUUACCAAAGCUGUACAGAUAACUUCAGCCAGGAAUGCCAAAACACUCAGUCCUGCUCAUUUGAAGCAAUGCAUUUUAGCUGAAAGUCGAUUUGACUUUUUGAAAGAUCUGGUCCUUACCAUUCCUGAUGUCCAGGCAGAGGGCGAAGAUGGUGGCGUGACUAGCGUCCCAUCAACACCUACUGUUCAACAACACCAGCCGUUAAUGUUCCGAUCUCUCAGCGAGGCGGGAUCGUCUUCAUCCACUAGUAAGAGUAAAGGAACCGGAACUGGGAGGCCAAGGGGUCGCCCCAGAAAAACUCCUGCCGCCCUUGCACCAGCACAGAAUAACCAAAGGGCAUGGGCAGCUAGAAAGUCGGACAGCGAAGAAACUGAUUCUGGGGACUCGGAAGAUGAUGACGAUGAUGAAAACAACAGCACCGACACUGAAUCCUUGCCCAAGGGAUCUUCAUCCUCCAAGAAUGGUAGAGAUAUCGCGUCAGCCACUGCCCAACAAGCAUCUUUUCAGUUUAAUGCCGUCCAGCCCAACUUCUAUCAGGAAAUUGGCGGUCAAAAUAACUCGUCUUUUCAAAUCCAAAUUAACUUACCUCCUCAAACGGCUCCAAUUAAUUUGAAUCUCAAUUUAAAUACAGAUCGUGUUGUCAACAAAAUUGCCUUUUGCUCGGCUGUUGUAGCGGGAUUUGCGUAUGUAGGAUAUUCAGUGUGUAGGACUGCCUUUUCAAGGAGACGAAGAGGCAGAAGAGAUGAAGAUUCACCACACCAUAGUGUUUUCCUUCGGCGAUUGUCCCAAACAACUCAGACAGAUGGUUUAAUGGGAGAGUUGUUUGCAGAUGGAGGCCCUAAAAUUGUUUUGAGACCCAAAUCUGUCCAAGAACGUAUAAAAGACCUGAAUAUGCAAGCAAGACAAUUUGCUAGCGCUGUAACAGCUAUUCAGACUAACAAUAGUUCUAGAGCCAAUGGUGUCAGUGGAAGGAGUUUACAGGUUACACCAUGGGGUUCUCCCCGACUUCUUAGUCCAGUUGAAGUACGUCACAUUCCUGAAUAUGUAGAAGCUGAUCCAUACAACUCACCUGGUAGUUCUCCAAGCAGAUACCGUUGGUGUAGAACAGGUUCUUUGAAAACACCACAUAAGGUGGGCUUGGAUAUUGGUGAAGAUACAAAGUUGAAAGAGCUUGAACAGUUGUGGUUUAAUGAUAAAGACAAUAUCAUUCAAAAUCUUCCUGAUCUUUUAAGCAAUAAUCAAAGAGAGAUAACUUUGCAGGAAGCCCAGAAUUUGGCUGCUGUGCUGGCAUCCAAUGAAACUCCUUUGAUAUUGGGUACAUUGACAGCUGUUGCGAAUUUGGCAGCGUUCAGUACCAAUCAGGAUCAUUUUCGAGAAGCCGGUCUCAUUACAGUUUUGUCCAAAUUGAUCUUAAAAUCGAAUCGGCAAAUCAAGCUGAAAUCCUGUGUAGUUGUUGCUAAUAUGGCUAUGAACGAGAAGAAUAAUGCCGACAUGCGAUCUGUCACGAUUAGUUUGGUCCAUCUUUUGCAGACCACUCCUUUAAGUGAUCCAGCUUUGAUUACAUCAACUCUCUUGACCUUAAUCAAUAUUGCUGUAAUGCCCUCUUGGCAUAAAGAGUUCAAGCCUUUACUUCAUAAAUCCUACAAUUUACUUGAUGAAGGCCAUUGGAAUAGUGAUGGUGUUUCUUUCCAGUCGCUUCGCUUAUUAAUCAACCUCAGUUGCAACGAAGAAAUGAUACCGAGUCUUUUGGCUGCUCAGGCACCAUCCAAGUUGAUCUAUAUGCUCGACAUGUCCAUGCCCGAAGAAGUUGUUUUGCGUGUUCUUACUCUACUUGCAAACCUUGCAAGUGCCACGAAACGCUUGGACAUUGACCCUCUCGAUUUACCAGCUGAAAACAAAGCUGCUGCACCUGAUACAAUGUAUGCAAAUGUCUUUGGCCUAUCAAUGGUAGAGCGUUUUAAGAAAAAAGCCAAGAUUCUGUCCGAACGUCAUUCAAAUUCAGAUGUGUGUGUGCAGGCGAGUAGGUUAUUGGAAGCAUUGUCAGAAUAAAAUGCAUUACUCGUUUAAACAUGACAUUCCCUGCCACCUCAAGCAAAAAGAAUUAAAAAAUAAGGUGAAAGAAAAAUACUGUCCAACAGUAUUUGAAAAAUUACUUAUGCAACUAUAGAUCUAGUCAUGUUAUGUUUUCGCACUACCGUUCUUAAAUAAAAAUGAUCAAUAUAUGUGAAUUAUGGAUGAAAUUUGUUGAUUGACAACAAAUAUACUGAUAUACACGCGCUGUU